CCAUACCAAGGCGACCCCAGCCCUGAACUCGAUCAGGCCUGGAAAGAGCUACUACAGUACUCCAACAUCUGGGUGACCGGCGACGAGCUAUCGAAGAUCAACAAGACCUCGAUCCCUGUUCCCGGCGAGGAGGACAAAUACUGGGUCGAGCUGAGUGUGGUUCACGAGCUGCACUGCAUUAAACGCCUCCGCCAAUACAUCCACUCAGACUACUACUUCGCCAACAUCUCCGCCGAGGACCGUCGUCUGAAUGACCUCCACACCGACCACUGCUUGGAGAUCCUCCGGCAAAGCGUCAUGUGCCACGCCGACAUCUCCAUGAUCACCAUGACCUGGGAGCCGACGAGCAAGUACCCCGCCGCGGACUUCCAGAACGUCCACGAGUGCAAGAACUGGGACGUGCUGUAUGAGUGGCAGAAGGAGCGGUCGGUCGAUAUGAUGAAGCCUGGGUUCUUGGUGCAUCCUUAUCUUGGUAAGUGCUUCCCGUCGGAGCAAUUGUGCUGGGAAGCGUGCUUUUCUGUGCUUUACCUUUCACUCUUUUUUUUUUGUGUGUGUCUGUGGGUUGUUUGGAUUGCUGAUACCUAG